AUGAAAAUUCCGACAACUGUAACGGUCGGAAUAUUACUGCUUGUAGCUAUAUUCCACGUAUCCAUGGCGGCCAAGAAGACUUACAUCGUCCACAUGUCCAAAUCCAAAAUGCCAGCGGAAUUCAAUCACCACACGCAUUGGUACGCCUCCACGCUCAAGUCGGUGUCGGGCUCGGACAAGAUGCUCUACGCUUACGACCAAGUGAUACAUGGAUUUGCAGGCAGCCUCACAGACGAGGAGGCCCGAUUAAUGGCGUCCCGGGCCGGGGUUCUUUCCGUCCAGCCCGACUCGAGGCUGGAGCUCUCCACAACCCGGACCCCCACAUUUCUGGGCCUGGACAGGCUGGACUACGACUACAAGUACCGGUACAUUCUACCUGACUCUCGACAACAGAGCAUCGUCAUCGGGGUCAUCGACACCGGUGUCUGGCCAGAGAGCCAGAGUUUCAACGACGCGGGAUAUGGGCCCAUACCCGCGUCCUGGCUAGGAGAAUGUCAGACUGGGUCCCACUUCGAUGAAUCUAUGUGCAACAAGAAAUUGAUCGGGGCCAGGUACUUCUUGAAUGGCUACGAACACAAUGCCGAUCCCCCUGUUAACUGGACCACAGAGUACAGAUCGGCACGGGACAACCUAGGCCACGGGACCCACACGGCAUCCAUUGCGGCUGGAUCCGCUGUCCCCGGUGCAAACCUGCUCGGGUAUGCCAACGGGAUGGCGCGCGGGAUGGCACCGCGGGCAAGGGUUGCCAUAUACAAGGUUUGCUGGGUCGGUGGAUGUUACAACUCCGAUGUAUAUGGGGCCUUCGAUGCUGCCAUUAAAGAUGGAGUCGACAUGUUGUCCAUCUCUUUGGGGUUUGCACCGAUUCCCUUUUACACAGACAGCAUUGCCAUCAGUACAUUCACCGCCACAGCCAAUGGUAUCUUCGUCUCAUGCUCCGGUGGAAACUCGGGGCCCACCCCUUUUAGUGCGGAGAACACGUUCCCGUGGGUAACCAGCGUUGGUGCUGGGACCAUAGAUCGAGACUUCCCUUCCUACGUUAAGCUCGGGAAUGGAAAAACUUACACCGGCACAUCUCUCUAUCGAGGUCCUCUGAUGCCCUAUAAAUUAAUGCCCAUUGUGUAUGCUGGGCAAGCAAGCAAAAAUGGCAGUGGCGGAGGCGGACGCUUCUGUCUAGAAGACACUCUCAACCCGAAACUCGCAAGGGGUAAGAUUGUGUUGUGCGACAGAGGGAUUAAUAAUAGAGUUGAGAAGGGCGCGGUGGUGAAGAAAGCCGGUGGAGCUGGCAUGGUUCUGGCCAAUACCAAUGUCGAGGGUGAGGAGCUGAUAUUGGAUGCUCACUUGCUUCCAGCUGUGGAUGUCGGCCAAAAGGCGGGCGACGAGAUGAGGAAAUAUCUGUCCACGAAUCACAACCCGACGGCCAUGAUUCUGUUAGGAAGGACAAGGUUUGGGGUCGAGCCAUCGCCAGUGGUCGCAAAUUUCAGCUCGAGGGGACCUAGCUCAUUCUGCCCCCAAGUGUUGAAACCGGACCUGAUAGCGCCAGGUGUCAACAUUCUAGCCGCGUGGUCGAGGGCAAUGAGCCCCACGGAGCUGAGCAUCGACACACGCAGGGUUGAUUUCAACAUACAAACAGGGACAUCAAUGUCGUGCCCCCAUGUCAGCGGCCUGGCGGCUCUGCUCAAGGCGUCCCAUCCAGACUGGAGUCCUGCAGCCAUCCGAUCGGCCCUCAUGACCACAGCCUACACGACCGACAAGAGAGGUAACCACAUGAUAGACGCAUCCAGAGGUAAAAUUUCCACGCCAUUCGAUUAUGGAGCAGGGCAUGUUAACCCCAUACUCGCCCUCGACCCGGGCCUGGUGUACAAUAUUACCCCCGACGACUAUCUAAAUUUCCUUUGUGCGCUCAACUACACGCCCCAGCAGAUCCAGAUCAUCACACAACAAAAUUUCACAUGUGACCCCAAGAAUGCAUACAACACGACUGACUUGAACUACCCCUCUUUCGCCGUUCAAGUGCCAGCUGAUAUCAACACCACAAGAGUGGUUACACACAAGAGAGUGGUUACCAACGUCGGAUCACGCUGGUCCACAUACAUGGUCUCCAUCUCCUCACCAAGCAACUCAGUCAAGAUUUCCGUUGUCCCUAAUAGGUUGACUUUCCAUAAAAGAAACGAGAUGAGGUCUUAUACGGUGACGUUCGAGAUAACCGGACCAAUGCCGCCGGACACACACAAAUUUGGUGAAAUUAAGUGGUGCGAUUGGAAUAAUCAUGUCGUCCGGAGUCCAAUUGCUAUCAGUUGGACCUAA